AGUGUGACUGUCUGGGAGCAGAUCGGUUUUUGAUAAACAGAUUAGGCUACAAUCAGGAGUUGAGUUUUAGAUUGAGAUUGAUCCAUUCACCUGUUUGUUGACUAAUCUUUUAGAAUACUUUUCUUUCAAUACUUUUUUUCCUAGUCAGUCUUCUCAUUAGUUUAUUUUUUCAUCAGUUUACCUUACCAACAGUCUAGACUUCUUGUGUUAAGUUGGCUUUCAAUAAACUUUUUUAAAUAUUUCUUUACUCUAUAUAAAAAGAUAGGUCUAAGUAGUUCUCUCUUUUCUCUCACCACCUGUUUCUUCUGAGAUGGAUAAACUGCCAGGGGUGAACAUAACGGCUGCUAACAGCUCUACUGUGGACUGGCUUCAUCCUUCCUUCAUCGAGCAUGGUUCCUACCAGCACCUGUGUGUCCUCGUGCCUGUCAUCCUCGGGGUGAUCUGUGUCCUUGGGCUGGCCAGUACCCUCACUGCCAUGGGCAUACUGAUCUCAAACGCCCACCGUGGGAAACUAUCCCUUAUCAACGCUCUCAUCCUCAACCUGAUGUUUGCCGACGGCCUUGUACUGGCAUUCGCCCUCCCGUUCCGCGCUGCUGCCUUUUCCAAACCCAGUUGGACGCUUGGUUGGACGGUGUGCAAGACCUGUGAUUGGUUCCUGCAGAGCUGCAUGGCUGCGAAGAGUUUUACCGUAGCGGUGAUGGCUAAGGCUUGUUACCGUUACGUCUCUAACCCGACUAAACAGGUCAGCAUCAGUCUACGCUCCAUCCUAUUGGUGAUGUGGUUCCUCUGGCUGUCUGCCUGCUCCGCUCCCAUCCCUACCUGGCUGUUCUCCUCACUGCAGAGAGAGACCCGAGGGCUGGUGUGUGUGCAGGUGGUUCCCCCUGAGGCGCAGGACUUCAUGUCAGUCUACGUCAAGGCGUACCCCCUGAGUGUGUUCUGCGCCCCUUUGAGUUUUGCCCUGCUGUAUUUCUGGCGGGUGUAUGGGCAGUGCCAGCGGCGCUGUAGUAAGACCCAGAACCUCCGAACGCAGAUCAGAUCCAGGAAGCUCACUCUGAUGCUAUUCAGUCUGACGGUAGCCAUGACAACGAUGUGGCUGCCGCAGUGGGUGGUCUGGGUGUGGGAGCGGCACGCCGCGGAGCGAGAGGCACAGGGACCGGGAGAGGGAGGACCCUUUGUCGUCUUCUCUCCCCCUCUCCUCCUCUCCCUCUCCGCCCUGCUCCUCACUUUCUUUCUCUCCCUGGUGAACCCCCUCAUCGUCCUCUCUCUGUCAGAGGAGUUCAGAGAGGGUUACAGAGGUCUGUGGAGGCGCCUUACUCUUCGUAAACACACCCUGUCCAACCCCAAACCUGGCCCCCAUGCACCCACUGCCCCCCAGUCCCCCUGCCCACGACCGGAGACCUCGGGCCAGCCGAGGGGAGGAGACGGAGGCCUAGGCUCCGUCCCUUGCCAGGGGACGAGAGUUGAUCCCCAACCCCAGAUGGAGCAGGGCGGAGUGGGAGAGGCGGAGGAUGAGGCAGAGGGAGAGAGCCCUCGGGAUGGGAUCGUGCUGCUAGACGUGGAGCAGUUCUGGCAUGAGAGAGAGACAGGCUCCAUGACAGAGGAGAAUGAUCCCAUACCCUGGGAGCACCAGGAGGGAGCACCAGCCGAGGGGAGGAAGUGAAGGAAGUGAGGAGAAGAUAUACACACAGACAAACAGGACUGGUUCUAAGAGGCUACUCAAUACUCAGCUACAUCUGUCCUUGUCUUUGUGUAUCUGUCUAUCUUGUGUGGUUUUUGUGAACAGAUUGUGUUACCCACCACAACCAGUGAUUUUUAAGUAAAAGGUUGUUUGAGAGUAUUUGGAUACUGCCUCAACGAUACCUGAUACACUCUUUAGCAUGGAGACCAGCCAGUAAGCCUCCCCUCUCUCUUCCUCUCAGUUAGCGCCACAGCGUUCAAACAACCUUCAAACCACACACACACUGACAGACUAUAUCAGCAGCUGUAACGGACUGACAUUUGACUAUACCUCACUGGACUGAAGAUCAGUCAACAGAGGAAUCAGCACAGGAGACAACACAGGAGACAACACAGGAGACAACACAGGAGACAAUACAGGAGACAGCACAGGAGACAACACAGGAGACAAUACAGGAGACAACACAGGAGACAACACAGGAGACAACACAGGAGACAACACAGGAGACAAUACAGGAGACAACACAGGAAUCAACACAGGAGUCAAUGGUUGGUAUUCAUUCAACUGUGUCUAUGAUAUUGUUUAAUGGGAAUUACAUUGGUUUGUCAACUGUUUGAUUGGUUAAUGUUAUGGUGAAUAUACAUGAAGUGUUAUAUUUCACUGUAGAUGUGUGUGUAUAUAUAUAUAUAUAUAUAUAUAUAUAUAUAUAUAUAUAUAUAUAUAUAUAUAUAUACACACAGAGUAUAUAUAAUGGAGGUAUUCUACUUAUCCUUGAAGUAAUGACCAACAGUAAUGUCUGUUGUAAAUACCAACAAGAGUUACAAAAUAUAAACUGUACAUAAGUUUGAAAUGAUUUGAUACAACAAGACAGAAUGAAUAGCCUUUAGAAAUCAGUAAGAGCAUUUCUGUACGCUACUGAACAGCAUUUGAUGUUACUGUUUCAUGUAUCCGUGUUUGAUUCUCCUAUUUGAAGUGGUUUUGUAAUGAUAUGUGCUUGUAAAAAAGGUUGUUUAUAAUAAAGUGAUAUAUAAUAUUGA